AUGGACGGGAUGGAGGAGACGCCGGGCGAUGCGGAAACCGUCGAGCGAGUUCAAUGGACAGAGGAAAUUCUCUCGGUGAUCGGGGUUUUGCAGGAGUUGGCCCACAAGCACAGCCUCGAGCCCGACCAUCUUUCCCCAGGCGAGAGAGAUCCCAGUCUGACCAUCGAGCACAUGGGCGGAAAACUCGAAACCUGGGAGACGCUGCAUUCGAUCCUGCUCCCUUCGAUCAGAGGCCAGCUCACCUUGCUGCUAACAUCGCUCGACCUAAUCGAUCCCAAGAGGAACCCAAAGUCGGUCACCGAGCCAACUCUAGAGAUCUUAUCGGACCUCGAUAUCACUCUGGGGGGCAUUGUUUCGGCCGUUGUCUCCCUCACUCGAAAACCACCUCUACCAGACGAGAAUCGUGAUCAGGGCCUGGAGAAAGUGAAAGUCUUUCGAUGCUCCUAUCUAAACGAGAAUAUCCAGCUUCUGGUCGUACGCUUUAUCUAUCACCGGCUAUUCCUCGAUCUAAUCCCGAGCUUUAUCCGAUGGUGCGCUAGGGCCAAUAUUCAUAUCCAAGAUGAUUCGCUUGUGCAGGAGGGAUCGGCUUUGAGGGCACAGAUCCAGCUCAUCAUAUCUUAUUGCAACGGGAUAAUCACUCGAACGAUCAACUGGGGCAAAAGAUCCGACUGGGUUAAUAUCCACCGAUCCUGGAUAGAAGCACACGGGAUACUUGGUGAAGCCCUAGAGGCAUUCACCUGGCGAACCAACCUCACAACUCAAGGAACGCCGGAAGCUGGUCCUAACGAGAACAACGAGACAACCCCCACAACAGAAUUGAUCGGCAAAGUAGCCGAGUCCGCCAUCCCGCUUGUCAAACUAGCAAGGAUCUUGUCCAAGAAAACUUCAGAAAACCUCUUGAAGAAACGGAUAUCGACGCUCGAUACAACCCUAGAGCUCAACUCGGAGACGAUCAAGCAGUUACACGAGACCCCUGAUUCGAUGCUCCGGCUCUACUACCUGUCCAGCCUCUCAUGCUUUCCUGACCGCUCAGGCCGAGUCAUCCCAGUUGAUCAACAAAACUCCAUCCGCUCUGUAAUCCAAAACCUUCCAAGGGACAUGGAAUCCACCUUAACCGUUCUGAAUUCGUGUCUGAUUCCCCUCCUGGCCAAAAUCAAACACGAUCCACCCGACAGCCAAUGGGCGGCUUUCCUUCUGGACUUGAAGCAAUCGUGGGACAAGGCAAGUGAGCGUUUGAUCGCUGUGCUCGUGCCCUUUCAACUUGAACGCACAGCCACUGCGGUCGAAUAA